AGAACUCUUGAUUUCGCCGAGCGUAGCGCCGUCUCGCUCCUACCCACUGUCAAGGAAGACGUUAGGCGUACGGUUCUAGAGGAAUGGUGUCGUUGCACCUCGUGCACCGCGAAUAUUAGUGUGCGUACAGUCCGAGGCACAAGCGCCUCUCACCCGGACCGAUCGCCGUCGUCUUUGGCCGGGUCAGUAUUUUGUUAUUGUGUUCGGCGGUGACGUUGCGCUCGCUGUUUGUGCUAAAAAUAGCGCCGGCCAAUUUAUUAGAUUGGUUAAGUGUCGUUCCGCGGAUUUCGCCUCUUUAAUUGGCCCGUUCUCGGCUUACAUAAUUUGAAUAAUACCAAAAAAAUAUCGCGCAGUAUUUCCACAUAGAUCGACGAGCGUGCCCCGCGUUCGAAUCGAUACCUGCGGACAACCCACUAAAUCCGACUCUAGUAAUCACCAAAAUUGCUCGGAAUACAUUAGUGAUUUCGGUGACGUUAUCGUUGGAAUAUCUACACGUGUGCGUACACCACACAAAUGAGACCUCGGCGAGGUUCAGCUGGAAUUACUACUUCUUCACGAUAAUGCUAUAUUUUCUAGACGUGGAGUCCUACCUGGUUCGUCUCCCGGGGCCUUUAUUUCAUGUUUAAUUUAUUGUUUACCUGCAGACAGUGCCUCCGGCGUAUUAUUUUCGACUAGUUUGAAGUCGUCCGUUCGUGGUGGUGUGAUGAUGAUAUUGAGUGAACACAAAGAUGUGCAUAAGUAUGCGACGUUGGGUUUUGGUUUCCUGCACGGUCUUAACGUUUAUCAGAUGUCAGCUGGAUCUCAGAUACAGAUGGCACCUCAGUCUACAGUAAACGCUACCCAACCCGUACAUAGCCAAGACUCCAAUAUGAGUACAGGUUCGUCUCACAGCGAUAAAGAGGUGGACCCGAAUACUCCGGAGAAGAUACCCAGAACCCCGUCGGAAAGGAAACGCAAGAGGAAAGCCGAGGAUAGCGGAGGUGUACCGGGCAAGGGAGUCCGGAACCAAUCCUCGGAUAAAAAGAUCAACGACUACUUCAAACAUUCUGCAAAUAGUCAUAGUCCCAUCAGGCACGGGGGGGCGAAGAGCCCAUCACCCCAACAACCUUAUCCAAUGCUGUCUUCUUUUCAGUUACCUCCGUCACCGCAACAGGUGGGGUUGUCGUCCCCACAGGUGUGUAAUACUGUUCCUUUCGACUUUUAUAAUAAACAACAGCCACCCCGGUUGCCACCUCCUGCUAUGGUUAACAAAUUAAUACAGACUGAAUUAACGUGUCACAGGAUACAGGAGUUCGAAACGCAAGCAUCCUCUGACCUAGAAGUACGUAAUAAUAAGAUAGAGGAAUUAACGCGGGCCAACGAAGAGUUAAGGCACCAGAUAUCGACCCAACAGAAAUCCAUUGACCAACACAAACAACAAGUAAAUAAGUGUAUAGAGGUAGUGAAGAAGCUGCUCAAGGAGAAGAGUUCGAUAGAGAAGAAAGAGGCUAGGCAAAAGUGCAUGCAGAAUAGGUUAAGGUUAGGGCAGUUUGUGACGCAGAGGGUGGGCGCUACCUUCCAAGAGAACUGGACGGACGGACACGCUUUUCAGGAACUUGCAAGGCGGCAGGAAGAAAUAACAGCGGAGAGGGAAGAGAUAGACAGACAAAAGAAGCUAUUACUUAAGAAAAGGCCUUCGAAUAACGAGAGUGGCAGGAAACGGAACAAUUCGAGCGCGCUGCACAACGGAACCGAUUCGGGUUUUCUCAAGCCGGACGCCGUGCCCGGCUCCCUGACACUUCAAGAGUACUAUGAGGCUGAUGAAAUACUGAAACUGAGGCAGAACGCCCUCAAGAAGGAGGACGCCGACCUCCAACUGGAGAUGGAGAAGCUGGAGAGGGAGCGCAACUUGCACAUCAGAGAACUGAAACGAAUCCACAACGAGGAUCAGUCCAGGUUCAACAACCAUCCCGUGCUCAACGAUAGAUAUUUGUUGUUAAUGUUGCUGGGCAAGGGGGGCUUUAGCGAGGUGCACAAGGCCUUCGAUUUGAAGGAACAGAGGUACGUCGCUUGCAAGGUGCACCAACUCAACAAGGACUGGAAGGAGGACAAGAAGGCCAACUAUAUAAAGCAUGCGUUACGGGAGUAUAAUAUUCACAAAGCUUUAGAUCACCCCCGAGUAGUUAAAUUAUAUGAUGUAUUUGAAAUAGACGCAAAUUCUUUCUGUACCGUUCUAGAAUACUGUGAUGGUCACGAUCUUGACUUUUACCUGAAGCAGCAUAAAACCAUACCGGAGAGGGAAGCGAGAUCGAUAAUAAUGCAGGUUGUGUCGGCCCUAAAGUACCUGAAUGAGAUUAAGCCACCCGUGAUUCACUACGACCUAAAGCCCGGCAACAUUUUGCUCACGGAGGGCAAUGUCUGUGGCGAGAUCAAAAUCACCGAUUUCGGUUUGAGUAAGGUCAUGGACGAGGAGAAUUACAACCCCGAUCAUGGCAUGGACCUUACGUCGCAAGGCGCGGGCACGUACUGGUAUCUUCCCCCUGAGUGUUUCGUAGUUGGUAAGCAUCCUCCAAAGAUAUCUUCAAAGGUGGACGUUUGGAGUGUAGGUGUAAUAUUUUAUCAGUGUCUAUACGGCAAGAAGCCGUUCGGGCACAAUCAGUCUCAAGCGACGAUUUUAGAAGAGAAUACCAUUUUAAAAGCAACCGAGGUUCAGUUCGCUAACAAACCCGCAGUUACUAAUGAAGCUAAGAGCUUCAUAAGGAGCUGCCUGGCCUACAGGAAGGAGGACCGCAUCGACGUGCUGUCCCUUGCCAGACACGAAUACCUACAGCCCCCGAUGCCUAAACACUCCCGGCUCACAUCGAACCAACAACAGCAGCAGCAGGCGCAGCAACAACAGCAAUCGGGGUCCUUCUCGACGGGUAUAUUCGGGGCCAUGAACGCUUCGUCAUCAUCUUAGUGCAGUGCUGUGUUUACAUAAGUUAUUUAAAUAUGUCUAUUAAUCAUAAAAAAAAGGGAAAAACGCUACUCAUACACUGUUAGAUAAAUUAAGUGAGAUAACCGAGACAAUUGCGAGGUUGUUCCGAGGUGUUUGUGAGGGUCUUCUGGUCGAAAACGUCGAAGAACGUUGUGAUUAAAGUUGGGACGCCGGUGUGGUGCACAGACUAAAGUUUCAAUCUUCUCUUUGACGCUUAAACGCUUCCCUUGUCUUGCGGUUCUCGUCGCAAAAUUUGAGACUGCCUCUACUUUUCCGUUCUUCAAAUUGAACACUCGCUGUUGAAAAUGAAAGAAAAAUAUGUACAUAUGGUUUAAAGUCGCCAAAAUUUGGCGACGUUUACGUUUUUCGUUGAAAAAGAUACCGUUCUCAUGUUUUACGAGGAGAACGCAAAAACUGCAGUCCAGUUCAGAAUAAGUGCAAAACUGAUAGUCGUACAUUUCCUUUUAUAUAUAAUGCUAUAUAUAUAUAUACAUGUAGAGAGAAAGAGAGAGAACAUUAAUAAGUUAUUUUAUGAAA